UCAACUCCAGUUGUCCUGAGUGCUCAUUAAUCGGGUCUCACCAGCUGCUUCUCUCUGCUGUCCUGGCCCGGAAGCCUUGCCCCCAGCCCCCAGCCCCCCCCAAAUUCUGUGCGACACCCUUCUCCCGCCCCGCACUCUCGGGCUAGACUCGCUAACUUCGCGGCAGAGCAGCUCCAUGAGCACUCUAGGGGAUCAGGUACGGGACUGGCAUCACGGCGUACUGGCCGUGGCGCGCGAAGACUUGGAACGCGCGCUGUGCCUCUUCUCAGCCGUCCGGGAGCCGCCGGCCAAGAUCUACUUCAACAUGGGCUGCGUGCACCUGAUGGCCGGGGAUCCCGAGGCUGCGUUACGGGCAUUUGACCAAGCAGUGACCAAGGAUACCUGCAUGGCUGUUGGCUUCUUCCAGCGGGGAGUGGCUAAUUUCCAACUGGAGAGGUUCCAGGAGGCCGUGUCUGAUUUCCAGCUGGCCCUGGCACAGCUGAGAAGCAACGCUGCCAUUGACUACACACAGCUGGGUCUGCGCUUCAAAUUGCAAGCCUGGGAGGUCCUAUACAACAUGGCAUCAGCAGAGUGCCAGGCAGGGCUCUGGGCCAAGGCUGCUGAUACUCUAGUGGAGGCAACUUCCAAAUGGCCAGAGGGGGCCCAAGGCGUCCUGGACACUGCCCUGGACCAAGUGCAGAAACGGGCACCCCUGCAACUCCGGCAAGUCCCCACGGGUGAAGUCUUCCAGCCUCCCAGGCAGUACCUACAGCACCUGAAGCCCAUGGAUUUCCUGGGCAAGGCUAAGGUGGUGGCAUCUGGCAUCCCUGACAACCACAACACAGAUGGCUGGCCUCAGCAGAGGUCCCAGGUGGAGCAGGCCGGCCAUCAGUCUCCUCCAUCCGUGGGUAAGAGGACACUGAGCAAUAAGGGUGGUCCCAUGAGUCAUGCUCUAUGCUACAAUUUACUGGCAUCUGGACGGCCUGCCCCGGGCCCCUCUGAAGACUCCUCAGGAACUGGGGGAGCAGCUGCAAAGGACCCUGAAUCUUUGGUGACUGUCACCGUACAGUGCCACUUUACUGUGCCCCUGAAGGCCCCGAGAGACACUGACCUAUCCAGUCUUCGAGCGUUGCUGGCUCAAGCCCUCCUCCAUCAGGCCCAUGUGGGACAGCUCAGUUACCAAGCCCCAGGAGAGAAGUUCUGGGUCCCCAUCCCCACAGAGGAGUCACUGCAGAGUGUGUGGAGGAAUGCAGCCACCGGCCCAAGAGGGUUGCAGCUCCAGUGCCGGGGGGCUUGGGGCCGACCGGUCCUCUACCAGGUAGUAGCUCGACAUGAUUACUCAGCCCAAAGGCCCGAGGAUUUGGACUUCCACCGAGGGGACACAGUGGAUGUUCUGUGUGAAGUGGACGAAUCCUGGCUGGAGGGACACCGAGAUGGCUGCAUCGGCAUUUUCCCCAAGUGCUUUGUGGUCCCAGCUGGGACCUAUGUGGAAGCCCUACCCGGUCCAGGACCCAAGCCAGGAGACCAGCAUUAGCAAUACAUUUUGUGACAAGAGCAGCUUUAAUUUAAACAAACAAAAACUA